AAGAAGAGUAUCAAAGCCAAAGCAGCAGCAACAGACAAACAUGAAUAUGAAGGGCAUGGCUACAGUCCUGGCUGUGAUAUUCUGUGCUACAAUUGUUCAAGGCUUCCCCAUGUUCAAAGGGGGACGGUGUCUUUGCACACACCCUGGAGUAAAAGCAGUGAAAGUGGCAGAUAUUGAGAAAGUCUCCAUAAUUUACCCAAGUAACAGCUGUGACAAAACAGAAGUGAUUAUCACCCUGAAAACACAUAAAGGACAAAGAUGCCUAAAUACCAAGUCAAAGCAAGCAAAAGUUAUAAUCAAGAAAGCUGAAAGAAGGAAUUUUUUAAAAUAUCAAAAAGUAUGAAGUCCUGGAAAGGAGGAUUUGAAAACGUAGAACAAGUGUAACUGACUACUGACAUGAUAAGAAUUCUGCAAUAGGAAACUGACUUUCUCCUGCCUGUUGUAAUGAACAUUCAUGCAUUUCUAGGUUAGGAAACUUUCUAGGAGAUUCGAUGCUUGUAACUAUUCUGCUGUGGCUAUGAAAACAUUUCUGUCUCUAAAAGUUAUCUGUCUGUAUUUGACCUAUAUUUUAUAUUACAAUAUGUAUUAUUGCUGAAAUCAAGACCAUGACUCAUAAGUCAAAAGCAUCCAUGAACAUUCCCUAAGUAUUUUUUUAUGCAAAUCCACAUUCCUUUUCCUAAAAAUUGGAAAAAGUCCUUAAACGCCAUCUUGUUUUAUAAAAAAGGCUAUAAUUCAUGAAAUGUACUAUGAAGACAAUUAUAAGCUAAGGGUAACUGGUAAGAGUGCAAAUAUUUCAUAACAGAAU